AAUAAACAUAACCUUAUAAGUAAACAAUAAACAUGACUUUUGAAGCAAUAAACAUAGAAAGAAUAUGCAGGACGUGUUUAUCGGAAGAAAAUAACAUGAGAUCUGUAUUUAGCUUUGACGAAUCUUCAGGAGAAAGCGCCAGAAUCUUUGAAAUGCUCAUGUCUUGUGCCUCAGUGCAGGUGAUUGAAAAUGAUGGUUUACCUAGUCAAGUUUGUUUGCAAUGCGUGCAUUAUAUAACAAGGGCUUUUUCAUUUAAACAGUUGUGUGAAAGAUCUGAUACAACAUUACGAGAGUUGUUGGUUCGGCCCAUACAAACUGCCUUUAUCGAAAUAAAGCCCAUGUUAAUUACUGAACAAUUGGUACAAAAUAUAGUGCAGUCCCAAAAUGAGGGACUACCUAUGGAAACAGAUAUUAAUAUAGCAGCUCAAGUAGAAAAUUUAGAUGGGGUUGAUAAUAUUCUAACAACCACUGAGGUUUUAGAAACUGUAAAUAAUUCAAUUUUAAAUGCAGUUUCUUGUGAAGCAUCUGAAAGUACAAGUAAAUUAUUUGAUGAAGAAAAAACUGAAUUACAAAAGCCUGAUAUUCCUGAAACCAAUGAUAAUUUUGAUGAUGCCAAUUUAUCAAAUGAUUGUGAUGAUAUUAAAGUGAAUAAAACAAAGAGUGAAAAUGUUGAUGAAACAUUGCAACCAAUUUUUCCAUGCGAGGAGUGUACACAAUGUUUUACUUUGGAGUCUGAUUUAAAGUCCCAUAGUAAAACACAUAAAAUAGCCAAAUAUCAGAAGUUUAAUUGCAAAACAUGCCAAAGGAGAUUUGCUAGUGCCAGUACACUGUGUAGGCAUAUGAAGGUUCACGAAGGUGCCAAACGACACCUGUGCAACGAGUGCGGCAAAAAGUUUUCCCGUUCGGACGAUUUAACGCGUCAUAUCCGCACGCACACUGGCGAACGUCCGUUCGCGUGCAAGCUUUGCGACAAGUCGUUUGCGCAGUCGUUUCGACUGCGCGAGCAUAUCAGAGCGCACGAAGGCGAGAAAACGUUCGUGUGCGUUACGUGCGGCAAAGGGUUCUCUAGGUAUACCAGCUUUAGAGCGCAUUUGAAAACGCACACAGGCUUGAAGAGUCACUUUUGCAAUGUUUGUGGGAAAGGUUUGUGCGGAUCUGGUUCUUUGGCAAUACACAUGAAAACCCACACAGGUCUUAAAGACCACAUAUGUCAAUUUUGCGGAAAAGGGUUCACCACUGUUAGCAAUUUAAUAAUACAUAGAAGAACACAUACAGGCGAGAAACCAUACGUAUGCAACACGUGCGGCAAGGGAUUCCCCGACCCGUCGCGGCUUACUGUGCAUGCGCGCAGCCACAGCGGCGAGAAGCCAUAUAUUUGCGUAACGUGCGGUCGCGGCUGCGUCAGUUCGUCGCAGCUCAAGAAGCACAUGCGCAUACACACCGGCGAGAAGCCGUAUGCGUGCGAGCUGUGCCCCAAAGCCUUCCCGCGCAGCGAAGAUCUUAGAGUUCAUGUCAAAACGCACACAGGGGAUAGAAGUCAUUUGUGUACAAUAUGCAACAAAGGAUUUUACCAGUCAUCCACACUUAAAGUCCAUUUAAGAACUCACACGGGAGAAAGGCCCUACAGCUGUACUUUGUGCGAAAAAACCUUUUCUCUAACAGGGACUUUAACAACUCAUAUUAAAAAAUAUCAUCCUGAUUCUAUAACGAUAAACGAUUUUAAAAAUGAUUCCGGAAUUAAAAGCUAAACAACUAUUGUUUUAAUUUUAAUAUUUUAUCAACUUACAUUGUAAAUAUAACUUAAUUUAAAAAAACAUAAUUGUAAAAUAAAU